CAUAUUAAAAGAUAUUCCAUAUAUGUUUAUUAUUCUAAAUAUAAUAUUGUUAUACACAAUUGAAUAACAAUAAUAAUUAAUAUACAAUUACAAUAUAUUUUAAUUUAUAGCUUUAAAAAAACUCUAAAUUUCUUUAGAGUACAGAUUGCAUAAGUAUACAAUUGUAAAGAAGCAAAAUUUAGUUAUUCAAAGCAGUUAAGAUAUGUGUUAAUCUAACUGUGUCUAUCAUAACAAAUAAAAAAUAUUGAAACAAUUAUGUCUAAUACUAAUUCAUCCAAAUCAUUGUUGGAAACAAGUGAAAAUAAAGCUAUAAGUGACAUGGAUUUAGAUAACAUAGCUCGUUAUGUUAUUGGCACUCAACAGAGAUUUAGAGAAAAUAUUAUAAUUCCAAGAACUGUAGGUCCUGUACAACUUAAAACUAAUGAACAGAAAUUAAUAGAAAGUGCAAUGGAAAGUUGCAUCUUCAAAAGCAUUGCGAGUUGUGUCAUAGGCUAUGGUCUAGGAGCUGCCAUAGGUUUAUUUACAUCCAGUGUAAAUCCGAAUGUGGCAGCUGUUGAAAAACAGCAAACUGUUCGUGAAGUUUUUAGAGAGAUGAAAACUACAACGCUAGGUUAUGCAAAAAAUUUUGCUGUAGUUGGUUGUGUAUUUUCAGCAAUUGAAUGUGCAAUAGAAUCGUAUAGAGGAAAAGGUGAUUGGAAGAAUGGAACAUAUGCUGGUGGUUUAACAGGUGGAAUAAUAGGAUUGAGAGCUGGUGUAAAAGCAGGUUUGAUUGGAGCAGCAGGUUUUGCAGCAUUUUCAACAGCAAUAGACUACUAUUUGAAUCGAUCUUAAACAAUGUUAUAAAUUAUAAUAGGUAUAUAUUUGUAUAAAAAAGGUAUAAAACACUUUGAGUAUACCUGUACAAUACAUAUAAAAGCACAAGAAUUGUCUUAAUAUAAAAAUGCAUACGUAUAACUAUAAUAAAGUUGAGAAAUAAAAUAAAUUCGCAUAAUACAUCAAUAUUCAUUUUGCCUACAGAUCUGUACUUUUUAAUACAUUAUAUUAGU